CAACCUGUGGAAGCCGCGAUGAACAGCUGAUCCUCCGGCAGUGGAUAAACCCCGAUCACCAUGGUCACCGCUGACUCAUGACUUCUCUCCCGACGCGCGGCACUAUGUGAAUAGUUACUGGACAAGUAGACAAAGGAAGAUAACUAACAGGAGAGUAGAUUGGAGAGAGUGAAGGAGUGUUUUUGGAGCGUGUUAUUAUUAAUCCUUUGGACCUGUUGAUCAUCAGUGUGACAGUCGGACACACACAGAGACUACCUGCCGCUCGCUGCUCCGCUCUGCGCUCACCGACCAUCAAUUAUGUUAUUGUCACGUUUGCUUCUCUUCACCUUAUCUCACUUGUUGGCGCCUCUGUUUCUCUGUUACCUGCCUCAAGUCUCCGCACAGAAGCCUGGCUCACGGUGGCUGAUUGGAGACAGAGACAGUCACUGUGGGGUCAUCUGCUCACGGACGCAGGGGAAGCCGGUGUGCGGCUCGGACGGGCGGAGCUAUGAGACCGGCUGUGAACUGCAGAGGGCGCGCUGCAAAGAUAAAACACUGACACUAGCACACCGAGGCCGGUGUCGAGGUAAAAACUGGGUGAAAAUCGAUCAGCUGCCGGUGGCUCCAGCACCAACAUCUACAUCUGAAGCAAGAGACCUGGAGCUCAAAGAUGCAGGUCAGUCCAAGUGUCGUGUUGAGAGGAACCAGGCUCUGGAACAAGCCAGGAGACCUCAGGAGUCCAUGUUUGUCCCAGAAUGCAAUGAGGAUGGAACGUUUGCGCAGGUCCAGUGCCAUACUCUGACAGGUUACUGCUGGUGUGUCACCAGUGACGGCAAGCCAGUGAGUGGUUCCUCUGUGCACAACAGGACCCCGGUGUGUUCAGGAAACUUCCGUGAAUUUAUGGGAACUCAUGCUGGGACAAGUGGAUUGUCAGGGUCAGUAACCGACAGACCACCUGGGCCACCGAACUCUGGUAGAAAAGUCUCUUUCCGUUUCUUUCUCACCCUCAACCCAGAUGAUGGCUCCAAGCCCACACCCACCAUGGAGACUCACGUCCCCCCUGAGGGUGAUGAGAUAACUGCUCCAACACUGUGGAUAAAACAGCUGGUUUAUAAGGAGAAUAAGCAGAACAGCUCCACUACCAGGAAGCAAGAGAAAGUUCCCUCUUGUGACCAGGAGCGACAGAGCGCACUGGACGAGGCUCGGCAGAAUCCUCGCGAGGCCAUUUUCAUUCCAGACUGUGGGCCUGGAGGCCUUUACAAACCGGUCCAGUGCCACCAGUCUACAGGCUACUGCUGGUGUGUUCUGGUGGACACAGGGCGGCCCAUUCCCGGCACCUCCACAAGGUACCAGACGCCCGAGUGUGACGGCGCUGCUCGAUCUCGCGUCUCAGACACUGAAGAUCCCUUCCAAGGCAGAGACCUGACAGGCUGCCCAGAGGGGAAGAAAGUGGAAUUCAUUACAAGCUUGUUAGAUGCCCUCACCACAGACAUGGUGCAAGCCAUAAACUCACCAGCCCCCUCUGGUGGUGGGAGGUUUGUUGAGCCUGAUCCCAGUCACACUUUAGAGGAGAGGGUGGUGCACUGGUACUUCGCCCAGCUGGAUAACAACGGCAGUCACGACAUCAACAAGAAGGAGCUAAAGCCGUUUAAGAGGUACCUGAAGAAGAAAGCCAAACCCAAGAAAUGCGCCCGCAAGUUCACCGACUACUGCGACCUGAAUAAGGACAGAGCCAUCUCCCUGCAGGAGCUGAAAGGCUGCCUGGGCGUCAGCAAGGAGGGUAGCUCAACAACAAGUGGCAGCCAAGGGACAAGGCAAGGGACAAAAUUGUUCAUAGGUCGUCUGGUGUGAGAAGAGAAGGAUCCAGAAGCUGAGACGAGAGCAGAGGGCACAGAGGGAAGGCAUCUGUACGCUUGCUGACAGGAAAGAGAAAGAUGGAGCAGAAAAAUUAGGAAGUUCCUGAGUUUCAAAAAAGUGAACGGAAAAACACGAAAACGAAGCGGCGCCAAAAUAUUUGCACUUUCUCCUCCCUAUGUUUGACAUUUUAUCUGUUUGUACGUGUGUUGUUGUUUUUUUUUUCUCUUUAAGUGACUGAAAAGGUCGAUGUAAGAAUGAGAAUAUAUUUGUAAAAAGAUGACAGGCUCACCACUGGAAGAUGUGCAUGUUACCACAUUUCCCCUUGUGUUUCAGUCUGCUGUUGUGAUUCGUUCUGUCCUCACAUCACAGGAACAGGCACUAACACACAUUUUAUGGCCAUUAAAUUAAGCUUAAAUCUCCCCCGUUACAGAUAGCAGCACACAGGCCAGUGGUAACUCACUGAAGAGGAGCUUACAGUGAGUCACAUUCAGCCCAAAUGUUGCUCGAUGCUCAAAAGAGGAGCUAGACCAAUCUAAAAGAAUGUGUAAUGUUGUAUGUGAGCAUGCAAUAUUAAGUGAACGGCAUGUAUUAGAAUUAAACUGUGACCAUUAAGUCUAAUUUAUCAGCACAGAAUUAGCUGAAUGAAUCCCCUUGCACUGCACAGAACUUUCUAGAUACAUUAACAUUUGGCUUAAGAAUCUGAUCUUUGUGGACAAUGUCUGAGAUGUGUUACGUCUGUAUUUUGUUCAGUACAUACCAGUGUUGGGGAAAGCUGUAAGUACUGAGUUACUUACUACACAGUUACUUAAAGGUGUGCUAUUUGUACAAUCCAAAACCAAUGCAAGACCAUUAUGUUGUAUGUAGUUUGUAGUUUUUUCAGUUAUUAGCAUGUUGUCUGCACAAGAUGCCUUGAGGUUUUUACUUUUUCUACCUUUUUUGUUCAUAAAGUUUGUGCUAACAAAAAAAUCAAAUAAUAAUAGUAAUAAAAAAAAAAGAAAAAUCAAAUAGAAACAGAUUGUGAGAACUGAAAUGUGUAGCAGCUGUCAGUAAUUACAAAGGUAAUAUGAGUACUUUUAAAGUCACACAUCCCCCCCCCAACACUGGUACAGUACACACACAGUCCUAGCAGUGUACUAACACAGCUUCACACUGUAACACAAAGCAGGUUUCUACAUGCAUGUGACAGUAUCAUAUUAAAGCUGCAUUAAUUCAUUUUUUAAACACAUCUCUCUGAAUUACAGUUGCCUCAUAAAGUUGUUAUGGCUAACAUGAGUUGCCUCCUUACAGAUGGAGCCAACAGAGAGCAACAUUAUCAUCCCAAGUCCAAUAUUGAGCUCUUCUUUUUUUUGGUCUCCACCAACUGCUGAGGGAAAUAUCCGGUUCUUAGGCUGAUAAACGCUCCACUACGUUCACCAACUAAUUGCUAACUGUCUGUCUGGUGUUUGGUGCAGAGCAGGUAGCAUUAUAGCCGGUUUACCAUGGCUUAUUUGCCGAAAACCGCUAUAAAGUAAAUUUAAAAAAUGAGUUAAAGGUUCUGUAUGUUACUUUUUACAUGUAUUAAUUGUUUCUUUUAAUGCCAAUGGGUGACCAGAUUAUAUGUUAACUUAAAGACUGAACCUGGUUACCUGUGCAUCAGUAUCUAAGGUUAGCUAGUGCAACCACGGGCUGCACUAGCCAAGUCUUGUCUCAUUUGUGGUUUAAUACACACUCAAUUCAAAAUUCAAAUUCAGUGCCCCUGUGUUAAAAAGUCCUAGAAGUCCUAGAAGAAAAAACUGGCAUGAAAUAUAUUGUGUUAUUUAGAUUUUAGCAGGCCAACAUUAGCUAACAUUAGCCUGCUUGCUAAUGCGGGUGAAUUGCUAGCUAGCGAACAUACCAAAAUAUUGUCUUGAGUGAAUAAUCUCAGCUACAGUUUUGAGACCCCAGAGGCUGGUUUGCAAAUUACUUUAUCAGGUUACAUUAUGAAGCAACCAACACCAGCAUAGCUUAGUUACAGCUAGCUAGACGGCCAAAUGAGCUACGCAUUCUCUAAGCUAAGGUUAGCAAGCUAGCUGUGACUUAGCUAUGGCACAUGGCUCUGCUGUUGGUUGCUUCGUAACGUUACCUAGGAGUUUGCAAAUGGCAAGCUAGUUAAUAUCACAGAGCCAACAAAGGAACAUUACAGACGGUGACAUUAGUCUAAAUAUGAUUGUGAUUUAUUUUCCAGCAUUCCAUGAACAUGAUGCUGGGCAAUCAUGUUCACUCGUAUAUGUCACGUCACUGUUUUGCUUGCUAACGGCUACAUGGUGGGAGCAACAGGAUGUUGACUGCAGUCCACUUAACGGUCUCAGAAAGAGGUGUCAUAAAUUGUAAUUUUCUGAAAGUUACAUACAGAAACUUCAAAAGAAACACAGAAAGAGCGGCUGAGUUGGGUGAUAAUUCUCUGGAAGUUCGUCUGUAAGAGAGACCUCUUUUACAAUCCAUUGAAUCCAAUGUUAAUAUUUAAAAAAUAUGAAUUAAUGCAGUUUUAAGUUCAAACCACAACGGAGGCCAUUGAUUUACACAUAUUUUGUGUAACUCUUUUGUUCUAUGUGUAAUGUUAUGUCAAGUUAUAAGUCAGUGUGCCUAGUUUUAUUACUCUACUAAGUUAAUGCUUUUCUACACAAUCAAACCUGACAGCUAAAAAGUAUUUCCAGUAUGUUAGUGGUGAAUUCUGCAUGUUUAGAUGUUUUCCACAAAGUGUUUAGUGAUUGGGCUCUACUGGCUACCUUUACAAACAACAUUACCUAAUCUCUGACAGAGACCCCCUGGUGGGGAUUUUAUUUUUCCAAAACACAUCAUAGUCCAGAGAAUGACUUUUUAAUAUUCUUAUUAGUACCAGGAAAAAAAGAGGUGGCACAGAUGACUAAACCCAACCAGUAAAUGGAGUAAGGUGUUUACAUGGCUCCGCAUCCCGUUAAUAUCAGCCCAUUUCAGCUGUCAUAUUCACGUUUAUCCCAGUCAUUGUAAACAAGAUGUGGCAUUUACAAAUGCCAGUUCCUAAAAUAAAUAUUUGAGUCUCCCCAGUAAUAUCGGAGUACACUUUGUGCAUGUAAACACAUUCACUGUCUGCCCUCAAACAGUUGAUGUCAGUCCUGCUCUGUGAAACACUUACCACCACACAUACUUGGAGCUUUGCCACCUUAAGCAAGACAAUGCAGUAAGUCUUUAAAAAUAUCCCCCAGGGUGUCUGAUGAAGAGGAAAAUGACAGAACAGGGAGGAAAAACACUAGAAAAGGACCUUAUGAACAAGUUUUGGAAUGUAAAUAAAAUUUCUUCCUCACAUUUGGGAACAAUUGA